AUGUGCACGGGGGAGUCGUGGCGCGGCGGCGUGGCGCGCUCGCCCUCCCACGAGUCCGUGACGACGGACCUGUCGCUGUUCAGCGUCUCCUCCGCCGCGUCGGAUGCCAGGGUGCUGCGGUUACUGGCCUGCAAGGCCGGGCAAGGUCCCGACCCGUCGCUACGAGUGGCCAGCCCGAACCCGGAUAGCAAAUAUUUGAAACGUCCGUCGUCGUCGUCGCUGCCGCUGGCGCCGGACCAGUGCCGCGAGCUGCUGGCGGGCUGCGCGGCGCUGUGUGCCCAGCUGGGGCUGCGCCGCUCCUUCAGCGCCGCCGACGUCGCCAGCAGGGAGCCCUGUCUGCCACUGCGGAGCGCUACUUCAGAAGUGGGUCUCUCGGCAGCCCUGGAGGCUCUCACCAUGAGCGCGGCAUCACGCUCCUGCAGCACCUGGGUCGCUGUAGGAGGGUCCCAGCUGCCGUCCCCGCAGCGGUCCCAGCUGGUGCAGGCGCCGCAACGAAGUCUGCUCACUGAUAACAAAAAGGUCCGUCAGAGCUACAUAAAACGCCGCCUACUGACCACAUACCGCGCGCUCGAACGCAUGUCGCAGUCGGACUUCAACCUGGACAGGCUCGAGGCUGCAGCGGCCCUGGCGUCCGGCGGCGUCAGUCUGCCUGUACCCCCACACAAACACACUCGGAUUGUACAUCCUGAAGCAGCAGCUUUAGCUCUGACAGCGGCGGACCUCGAGCGCGAGCGAGGACGGCCACUGUCCAAGUACGAGCGGAACAUGAUGAUAUUCAACUGGUUACACACGCUGGACGAACCCGCGCCAUUCUAG